GCUCCGUGUAACUGCAGCAGCUCCACGGUGUGUUCACGUACUCUGGUUUGAUAAUGGCUUCUCCUUACUUCAUGCACAGCAGGUCCGUCCUGACCCGCAGUGGGAACCAGUCCGCUGUCUGUCCACCUGCUGCGGCUUCCCUCAGGUCCAAACUCACCCGCAGGAGGACCGAGGACCAGGUUUCCUCUGUGGCGAUGAAGGUAGAGGCGGAGGAGGAGGCAGUGUCCGAGCAGAGACCCUCCUCGGCCCCCUUAUCGACUGGUAGCUGUUGUGAACUUAAGUCAAAAACAGAACCAGAAGCUCCACUACAGCAUCCACACAGUCGCAGGAGGAGACAGCUAAAGGUGGAAUAUGACCAGGAUGAGGGAGUUUCACCGGUGAAGACGGAGCGCUGGGAACCUCCUGACUGGAGGAAGCAGUUGAGAUUCAUUCGUGAGAUGAGGAGCAGCCGAGAUGCACCUGUAGAUCACAUGGGAGCAGAGAAAUGCUACGACCCCAACGCCCCUGGACAUGUGAGGCGUUUCCAGGUGCUGGUGUCGCUCAUGUUGUCCAGUCAAACGAAGGACCAGGUGACAGCAGCAGCGAUGCAGAAGCUCCGAGCGCACGGCUGCACGGUCGAAAAUAUACUGGCUACUGAUGAUGAAAAACUGGGAAAACUCAUCUAUCCUGUGGGAUUCUGGAGGAAUAAAGUGAAGUAUUUGAAGCUGACGUCCGCCAUGCUGCAGAAGGAGUUUGGAGGAGACAUCCCAAACACUGUGGAGGGGCUGGUUCGUCUACCGGGAGUUGGACCCAAGAUGGCUCAUCUGGCAAUGGACAUCGCCUGGGACCAAGUGUCCGGCAUUGGCGUGGACACACAUGUGCAUCGUAUCUCUAACAGGCUGGGCUGGCUCAGAAAGCCAACCAAGAACCCAGAGGAAACACGCAAAGCCCUGGAGGAGUGGUUACCCAGAGAGCUGUGGAGUGAGAUCAACUGGCUGCUGGUGGGUUUUGGACAGCAGGUUUGUCAACCCGUCAGCCCUCUUUGCUCCAUGUGUCUGAACCAGAACAGCUGUCCAUCUGCCCACAAGUGCUCCCCUGCAAAGAGGCCUAAAGCUGGAUCACCGCGUUCUACCAGUCCGACCUCAUCCUUCAAAAUAAAAACUGAAUCUGUUAAAGAUGAGACAACAAGCAAGGAACCACCUGUUUCUCCCACCAGACUGAGGAGGCCAAAAAACAAAGUUAACUCUUGAUUUUGUGUGAGCCGAACAUGAAAACAGACAGUUCAUGUUAACACACACUAAAACACUGAUAUAAGCUGAAUAUCCAGGUGCUUCAGAAGGUGUGCGGAUACUUUCGUGUCUUCUCUUUGUUUGACACUGUAAAAACGUUAUCUGUUAAAACAAAAAACAUUUUACAUUUCCUAUGAGAUUAAAUAUUUUUCUACUGUUCUGUUUUGUUUGUUUUUUACUAAAUAAAAAGAUUAUGGACUGAAACUUGA